CUCGUCGAGCCUCUCUCGUCUACACCAUUGACGGAUUCUCUCGUCUCUCUCUCUAAUUGUAUCGCUUGUCGCUGUUUUCUAUUUUGUGGUUCUAAUUUUCCAUCUCGGCCAUGUCAACGGCGGAGAUGGAGCCGCUGACCUCCGGAGCGAGCAAUCGCAUAAUUCCGAUCCUGAAAACCCUUAGGACGUCUCUCGUUUUUGUCCAAACAAUCCUUAUCUCUCUCCUCCUCCUCCUCUUCCCACGCCGCCGCAUCUCGCCGCGUAUGUCGUCCGAUUCCAUGCCGCAGUCUCCGACUAAGUCGUCGAAGCGGCGAUCAUUGUGGCGUUUGGAAGAGGAGGAUACCUUGAGAAGGAGAGCACUUGCCGAGGGAAUAGAUAUGGCCGAUGGGGACUUCCAGUGCCGGUGGGGCACUUAUUUAUUCUUCGGAGUUAGACGGAACGCUCUCUUUUGCCGCUCGUGGUUGCCGGUCACCGGUGAAUUGAAGGGCAUUUUGAUCAUUAUUCAUGGGCUUAAUGAGCACAGUGGAAGGUAUGGUCAAUUUGCUAAGCAGCUUACCUCAUGCAACUUUGGAGUCUAUGCAAUGGAUUGGAUAGGUCAUGGUGGGAGUGAUGGGUUGCAUGGAUAUGUUCCUUCGCUAGACCAUGUUGUUGCAGACACUGGGUCUUUCUUGGAAAAGAUCAAGUCAGAGCACCCCGGGGUACCAUGCUUCCUUUUUGGUCACUCAACUGGAGGGGCUGUGGUUUUAAAGGCGGCCACAUGUCCUCGCAUUGAAGGGAUGUUGGAGGGAAUCAUCCUGACCUCACCAGCUUUGCGUGUUAAGCCAGCUCAUCCUAUUGUUGGGGCUGUGGCGCCUAUCUUUUCUCUGAUAGUCCCACGGUUCCAAUUUAAAGGAGCAAACAAAAGGGGCAUUCCAGUUUCCAGGGAUCCUGCUGCACUUGUGGCCAAGUACUCUGAUCCAUUGGUAUAUACAGGGCCCAUACGGGUCCGAACAGGCCAUGAGAUAUUGCGAAUAUCCUCAUACUUGAUGCGCAACUUCAAGUUUGUGACUGUCCCAUUCUUUGUUCUCCAUGGAACUGCUGAUAAAGUGACAGAUCCACUAGCAUCCCAGGAUCUGUACAAUGAGGCAGCAUCCCAGUUCAAAGACAUAAAGCUCUAUGAUGGCUUCUUGCAUGACCUUCUCUUUGAGCCUGAACGUGAAGAGAUUGGGCAGGACAUCAUCAGUUGGAUGGAGAAGAGAUUAGAGUACCAAUUCUGAAGAUGUUUGUAGUCAGUGGUAGCUAGGUCGUGUUGCCCGAUAUAGGGAAUGAAUUACGUAAUUCAUUCACGUUCGCGCAUUUGCUCUUUAUGGAACUUGUAAUUAUAUAGCUGUUCCUUUAACGCGUAUGUUUCUUGAUUCGCUUUAAGUUUUAGAACAACUGUAAUUUUGUACAGAACAACAUCAUACGUGUAAAAUUUAAUAAUUAAUGAAUCUCCGUUUGCACUGGC